GCAGACGGGAUUUCCUGCAGAAUUGGAAAGUUGGAUCUGUUAUCCUGUCCAUCCACCCGGAAGCCAGAAGACCCUGGCAAGCAGAAGGAGACCUAGAGAUUGAUCUGAAAGUCGAGAUCCAGAAAGAGGGGAUGUGCUGAAAAGAAACUACCCACAGUAGAAGCUCAGAGUCAGUGAAGAUGGAAAACGAGACGGGCAGUGGACAGAACCAGACCCAGCUUCAGGCCCAGGAGAUGGUUUCCCUUGAAUACCAAGUGGUAACUAUUCUCUUGGUGCUCCUAAUCUGUGGACUGGGAAUUGUGGGAAACAUCAUGGUGGUCCUGGUGGUGAUGAGAACCAAGCAUAUGAGGACCCCUACUAACUGCUACCUAGUGAGCCUGGCGGUUGCCGACCUCAUGGUGUUGGUGGCUGCAGGUCUUCCCAACAUCACUGAUAGCGUCUACAGGUCUUGGGUCUAUGGCUAUGCUGGAUGCCUUUGCAUCACGUAUCUCCAGUACUUAGGAAUCAAUGCUUCUUCCUGCUCAAUAACAGCCUUCACGAUUGAAAGGUACAUAGCCAUCUGCCACCCAAUUAAAGCUCAGUUUCUCUGCACUUUUUCAAGAGCCAAAAAGAUAAUUAUCUUCGUGUGGGCUUUCACCUCUAUUUACUGCCUGCUCUGGUUUUUCCUCCUUGAUCUCAAUACGGUCACCUACCGAGAUGCCGUUGUUGUGUCCUGUGGCUAUAAAGUCUCGAGAAACUAUUAUUCACCCAUUUACCUUAUGGACUUUUCUGUAUUUUAUGUUGUCCCGAUGAUAUUAGCCACCGUCCUCUAUGGACUCAUAGCCAGAAUAUUGUUCCUGAAUCCCAUUCCUUCAGAUCCUAAAGAAAGCUCUAAGACAUGGAGGAAUGACUCAACUCAUCACAACAAGAGUUUGAAUUCUAAGACAUCCAGCAGAUGUUUCAACAGUACUAUUUCCUCAAGGAAACAGGUUACUAAGAUGCUGGCAGUGGUUGUGAUCCUGUUUGCCCUUUUGUGGAUGCCUUACCGAACCCUUGUGGUGGUCAACUCAUUCCUCUCCACCCCCUUCCAAGAAAAUUGGUUUCUGCUCUUUUGUAGACUAUGCAUUUACCUCAACAGCGCGAUCAACCCAGUCAUUUAUAAUCUCAUGUCUCAGAAAUUCCAAGCAGCUUUCAGGAAACUCUGCAACUGUAAGCAGAAACGAUUGGAGAAACCUGCCAACUACAGCGUGGCUCUAAAUUACAGUGUUAUCAAAGAGUCGGAUCAUUUCAGUACCGAGCUUGACGACAUCACUAUUACAGACACUUAUCUGUCCAAUACAAAAGUGUCCUUUGAUGAUACCUGUUUAUCUGAUGAGGUAACAUAUAGCAGAACCUGAUGUGUAAUAUAUAAGCAAGUAGACCUAAAAACAGGAGAUAUGAUUAUGAGGUAGGUACAGUGUUAGAAAGAACUGCAAAGGGGGGUUGUUCUGUAAGAGAAUAGAGAAAAAGGAUUUUAUCUUGAUUCCUUAGUGCUCCUCUCAACUCCCAUGUGAACUUACAGAUACCAUUCCUAACAAGAAUAAUUCUGAUUUUCUUUCAUGCACAGCUUCUUCAAAAAACAUGGCGUGUCUCUCAGAAAUGAGCGAACAUUCCAACUAGACAAUUCAUCCUCUCCUGGUGAAAUUUGUGGAUUCAAUAAUUUUUUCAAACAUCAAUUAUGUGGAUCUUCUGCAUGAAACCUGGUACAAUCAUUUUUCUCAAAUACAGUGAUUCAUACUGUCUUGUCAAUGGAAAAAACUGUUUUAUGUGUCUGAAUUACUGCAGGAAGUAUAAAUCAAAUUGGUUGUUUCAGGUAAAAACUAUCAAUCUGUCAUAUUUAUAGAGCACUUACUGCGUGUAGAACAUUGUAUUAAG